GAGUUCUUUGAACUCAGCUGGUCGAUCCUCUUCACAGUCUGCAUGGGAAAUGUCUUCUUUGGGUUUCUUGUUUGUGGUAUUACGAGGUUUACCCCUCUAGCUCUUGUGCCCAUCAUCACAUCUGCAGCUGGAGCCAUUGCAAAUGGCCUCUGUUACUACGCCAACUAUGGGAAUCACCCACCGAUUCCCACAGCCGUCGUGUCCACUCUCGGGGACAUUCUCUGGCCGAUUCAAGAAGUGGGAUUGCUUGGGUACAGCUACAUGAUCCUUCAGCAGCUUCUAACAGGAAGCCGUCGACGAGUAUUCCAAGGACUUUUCUGGAGCUUCAUCGGAGUCAUCGUCGUGGUCCGUGUUGUCAUCAUUGUCUUCAGAGUGCAGUACAUCCUGCACGGCAACGCGAGUCAUCUCGUCACCGUCAACUACGUCCACAUUGGAUACUUUGGCUCCAUCGCCAUCCUUGAGUGCAUCAGCGCCUAUUUCCUCAUCACGACUCUGGUUGCCGCUGAGCGCGCAUCUCUUCAGGCUGCGCUGCGAGUUGGUCUCUUCAGGUACCUGGCGCGAAGCACAGAAAUUCGAGUGGCUCUUCUUGCAGUCCAGGGUGUUUUCCGAACAGUUACCCAUGCCAUCAAGACUCCGGGACAGCAGGUGGCCAACAUUGGAAGCCAGCUUGAUCGGUUUGCCUACGCUCUCCUCUGCCUCUUCCCUGUCGUCUUAUACAUCGAUCUGCUGGCUUCGAAAUUGAAGUCAAAC